UCUCCAUUUUUUGGGCACCUUUGAGUGGGUGUGGCGAGCGCUAAUGUGGCCAUGGCAUCAAACCGCUUGGGGUACUUGGUCAUUCAACAACUACAACACAUUCAAUAGGCAUCAAGAUCCAUGAAUUAAUAGAUUAAUAGCCCCUCCUAAAAGUGGACUGGCGUUAGGCGGGUCCUUACCCCUCCUUCACUUUUCCGUCCGACACUCACCUAUCACUACAACAUAUCCUAAGGGCAUUAAAAUCUGGCUUUGAAAAAGUCGUACGUUGUCUACCUUAGUUAAAUAUUUUAGAGGACAUUACAUUUGGUAUUUGAGCUGGUUUGAGGAUGAUUUUUUUGGUGUCUGGGCUGAGCAAAAUUGCCAAGUGUCUGAUUGCACAUUGUUAAAUAUCCUCACCUCACGUGGGUGAAAGCGAAAUCCGCACAGGAAAUAAAUUUGUACUUUGACGGUCAAAGUUUGACCGGAUUAUUAUUUUUAAAUAACUUUUUUCUCUGCCAUGUCGUCUUCGUCAUCAUCAGAGGAAGGUCUUGUUCGUGUCGACUUUAAAGUAUUUGGCAGAGUUCAAGGAGUCUUCUUUCGAAAGUUCACACAGAAAGAAGGGCGAACAUUAGGCCUCCGUGGUUAUUGUCGCAACACUUCGGAAGGAACGGUGGCUGGAGUAUUGGAAGGACCUAUAGCAAAAGUUGAGCAGAUGAAGGGAUGGCUGCAAACCGUUGGAAGUCCUCAGUCUCGCAUUGAUCGGGCUGAGUUUUCCCUUGCCACGCCCAUCCCGGACUACUCAUUUAAGGGACUAUUCGGUAUUGAAAGAACGCUUUGAGUUGAAAGGAAAGAUUGGCAAGCAACAAGGACGGAAGGAAAAUCUCAUGAAGUGGUUACUUUCAGCGAAUAUGCCGUCCGUGCAUCUUCUUACCUACUGCUCUUGAACGAAGCGACAUUUUCAAGUUCUUCUAAUAUCGAUAAUAGACCAGUCCAAUCGAAAUUCCAAAAUUUUGGAAAAUCAUCUCAACCACCCUGAAAUGAGAUAGUGUCGAACAUUCCUCGGAAAUGUUCCUUGGGCAGCGUUGCGACUACUUUUUUAUUAGAGUUUUUUUGUAAAGAGCAAUCAGAAUUGUACAUGCAAAUCAAUAUUGGUCAACUUAUUAGAGAGUACAUCAAGUCAUCAAUAAAUAAUAAACACAUUAUAUACAA